AUGUUGAUGAGUAAAACUCGCGGGUCCUCCUUGACGAAUGACAAAGUAAAGAAGAUAAGGAUGGAGUGCACUAAAGGCUACUACAGGUACCUGACUCACCUCAACACGGACGAGUCCGUCGACGAGGACACGCCUCUUGACUCUAUUGACUCCAACCAAGACAUAUGUCGUAAUGCAAACUACACCAUAGACAUCAGCUACAACAUCAUGUGUCAAGUGAUGGUCUUCUGCGACAUCUUCGGCUGCUUCGAUAUCAACCUCAAAGAAUUCAAUAUGAGCAAGACUAUGGGGUACAAUAACACAGCGGAAUACUACUGCUCAUCUUGCUCCGAUGAGUGUUGGCUAAUCUCCGAGUUCCUUGCUUGGGAAGAUACGGAGACGACGAUGGACGAAGUGAUAAGAGUCUUCAACAACAGCCAUUCGCCAGAUUUCUUCGACGUCAUGGCUAUAUACACGCCUAAUGACAGAAACAUUGAAAAUUUUACUGUAGAACCCAAGGACUUUAUCAACAUCUGUAGUCACGACCAGCGUCCCUGCUCGUAUAGACAAUUCCACGAGUGGGUCAGCGACAGGUACGGCAUGUGCUACACUUAUAACUCUGUCUUCCGCAAGGUUCAACUCAAAAACAAAACCGAGAUCAAAGCACCGCUCAAGAAGACCUCCUUAGUUGGUCCCACCAAUGGUCUCCGGCUGACAGUAAACAUCCAUAAGGACAAAUACUUGGCGCUGUUGUCACAAGAGGUGGGCUUGAGGGUGAUCGUCCACAGCCCCUACCAGCUGCCCUUUCCAGAGGAUGAGGGCUUCAACGUCUCCCCUGGCUUCAUUAAUUCCAUCAAAGUCAGUAGGACGAAGCUGGAGAGGGUGGGUCCACCACACGGAACAUGCCAAUCAGAGUCAGAUUCUGCUAACUUCACUGAGUACUCGUCCAUUCGCUGCAAGAAGAUGUGUGUGGAGCGAGAGAUCUGGCGCACCUGUCAAUGCUACCAGGGAAGCAAUCCUGCCUACGAGAGCAAGAGCCCCCCCAAACCAGCCGAGCCCUGCAAUCAGUUCAACAUCAGCCAAAAACUGUGUAUGGACAUUGCGCUGUUCUCCUACCAGCGUGGGAUUCUCACCUGUGACUGUCCACCAGCCUGCUCGGAAACUGUCUAUGAAAGUCAAGUGACAACAUCGGCCGAAAAUAAAGAAUUCUACACCAUCAUCCAGGACCGUCUGAAAAGGAAGAUGGGAGACGACUUGUGCGGAAACGAAACUGGAACCGUUCGCAUCCACCUGUACCUGGAUUCACUCUCUUACCAGAGCAUUCAGGAGAGUCCUUCCCUAUCAUGGGACACCCUCGUCUCGAACUUCGGAGGCAACUUGGGGCUCUUCAUCGGCAUGUCGUUGGUCACCAUCGCGGAGAUUCUAGAGUUCUUGGUGGACUUGGUCCUUCUGGGCGUCGAGUCGAGACAGAGGAGAAAAGCAAGCUCAGUGACAACUGUUACUCCCAUACAGAGCAUCACGUCCAACUCGACGCCGGCUUCCCAACCAGGUAACAGUAAUGGCAUUAAACGGCUCAUUACUGCAACAAUAACUUUUACCGUAGUUUCAGGCAUGUCUUGUGAUUUCAAGCCUUCCCUAGAGAUGCUUCAAGAGACUUUAUACAACGUCCAAGAAGCUAUGUCUCAUAGUGAAGAAGAGAAGCCAGUAAUACCGCCGGUGGAGGGUCCCGAGGCUGCUAAGUGGGAAGAGUACUUCAGGUGUUUGUAA